AUGGCCCCCACCACGAAGGCCAAGGGUUCAGCGGAGAAACCUGCGAAGAGAGCCAGGUCCACAGGUGGUGGAAAAAAGAAGCUGACCGCCUUCAACCUCUUCAUGAAAACUGAAAUGGCGCGGUUGAAGGAAACUGAACCUGAUAUGACACAUAAGGACAGGUUCAAACAGGCUACGGAGAACUGGAAAAACUCGCCCAAAAAUCCCAAGAACUCGUCUUAA